AUCAUCACUGAACUAAGCAACGGCUCAGAAUGUUAUGUUUCAAUUGAUUGAUCCACAGUUUGUCUCUGAUCAGAUCAGAAUAAGACAAACUUACUUUUGCUCUGUGGUUUGAUUGCUAUUUUUGAUCAAUUUGAUCAAUUUUGGUGAACAUGAACAACUGGAGCAUCGUUACAGGACAUCCCUUGAUGCCUGGAGCGCAGUUUUAUUCAGACAGUCCUGAACUGUAUUUUGCUCCCCCUGUAUUGGGAUGCAUCAUGUCAGAUCCAGGUCAUCAUAUGGGCUCAGCAUCAUAUUCAGGGCUCUACAUGGAGCCACACAUGAUGGACAUGAGAACUUGUGCUGCUCAAUCUCCAUAUACUCCUACAAUGUCUGGAGCACAAUUCGCUUCUGCCAGUCCUGAGCUCUACAUGGAGCCACACAUGUGGGACAUGCGAGCUUGUGCUGCACAGCCGUUCUGCAUACCGUGUUGUUCAGCAGCUCAUCAGCAGAACCUCCUGAAUCUUCCUGACCUUGAUUUAAAGCAGGAAAAAGGGAGUGGUGCUAAACGGCAGAAGCGAGGAAAGAGGAAGAGAAAGGACAAGUCUGAUUAUGACCAAACAGCUGAGCCUCCACAUACCAAACACUGCGCUGAUUUCACUGCACAACCUGUGAAAUAUGAUGCCAUAACUACAUCUGAAGGGGAUAUCAUUUUCUCUGAGGAGAUUCUGGACAUGUUGUGUACAAUCCCUGGAAUCUGGCAUUUGGCUGAAGAGAUGGGUUCAUAUUAAUUUUAUUAAUAAUCAUUUUAUUGUUGUUGUGUAAAUAAUAAAAUAUUUUUUUCUGCAAA